UUAUACAAUCUCACACCAUUCCUUAUCACUUUGGCAUCAACCAUGUCUGUUGCAGGAUAUUCAGACCCUGAUAGAAUGCUCAACAGGUCAUUCCACCGUAGGAACGACUCCGGUGAGCUCGACGUGUUCGAGGCUGCACGGUAUUUCUCGGGGUACAAUGAUGCAGGUAGCGGCUACUACAAUUGCGCGACGUACAGUCAGAGGAUCAUGAGGGACGAGAGGCAGCAGCAGCCUUGGAGGGGAGGUAGGGUCAGCUUGGAUGUGCCAAUGAGACAUCAUCCCAUUGUUCAACCAGCUCAUGUGGUGGAGAAACAGAUAAAGGAGAAGAAACACAAGCAACCGAGCUCCCCUGGUGGUAAACUCGCUAGCUUCUUGAACUCGCUUUUCAACCAAACGGGCUCGAAAAAGAAGAAAUCGAAAUCGACUACGCAGUCCAUGAAAGAUGAAGAAGAGAGUCCCGGUGGAAGAAGGAAAAGACGGAUCAGCAUUAGCCAUUUCCGUAGCUCGAGCACGGUGGAUACGAAGUCGAUUUACUCGUCUUCGAAUUCGGGUUUCAGGACACCUCCGCCUUACGUGCACACACCCGCCAAAAGCUACAAGGACUUUAAAAGCUAUCUAGAUCAUAAACAGCAGGUAGCAUCAUCUAUUUCAAAGAACAACACCGGACAAAAAAAAUCAACUGGUUUACAAAAUGAUACAACGGACUAUUCUUGGUUAGAUGAGAAACUCAAGUUAAUCGAUGACUACAGGGAAAAACAACAGACUAGAGAUCAAGCCGAUCGAUAUCGACCAGUGGAGAAAGAUUACAGGAAGUCCGGUGAGGUCGAUGACGGUGCAGAUAGCGAUUCGAGCUCUGAUCUGUUCGAGUUACAGAACUAUGAUCUAGGAAUCUACUCAAGUGGUUUACCUGUGUAUGAAACAACACAUAUGGACAGCAUCAAAAUGGGAGCACCAAUUUCCAAUGGUGCACUAUGAGACUAAUACAUUUUUCAACUUGUUGAUGAUGGGUUCCAUUUGUUUCCAUUGCCAUUGGAGGACAGUAGAUUUUGCUUUGUCUUUUUCUUUCAUUGAUAGCUUCUUUGAAUGCUUUUUUGUUAUUCCCUCUGUAUGUACAAUUUGGAACGUUUGUUUGUCUUCACUUUCUCUGUCUUAU